CAAUAAAUUUAGGGACAGUGUUAAAAGUUUCCAGCUGGGAAAUAUGACCUGGCCAGUUCAUAUACAUAUUCGUAUAUGGGAAUAAUCAUCCAAGCAAGCAGACUCUGCAACCACUUUGAAGGCAUAUAAUUGAAAAACUGCUACACAAUGGGGUGCUUAAGUAGUAAAGAUCGUCUAACAAAAGAAGAUAUGGAGUUUUUGAAAACCCACACCCGUUACGAUGAAGCCACUAUUAAAGAAUGGUACAAAGGAUUUAAGCAAGACUGCCCCAAUGGACGGUUGACUCCUGCUAAAUUUGUUGACAUGUACAAGAUGUUUUUCCCGUCUGGAAAUGCGGAAGAGUUUUGUGACCACGUUUUCCGUACAUUCGAUAUGGAUAAAAAUGGCUAUAUCGACUUUAAGGAAUUUUUACUCGCAAUAGACGUAACUUCAAGCGGCACACCAGAAGAAAAACUAAAAUGGGCCUUUAGAAUGUAUGAUGUGGAUGGAAAUGGCGUCAUUGAUAUUCAAGAAAUGACAAAAAUUGUUCAGGCAAUCUAUGAUAUGCUCGGUGCAUGCUCAUCAAAUCGUCCCGCUGACUCUGCAGAGGAGCGUGCAAAAAAUAUAUUUGCUAAAAUGGAUGAAAAUAACGAUGGUCAAUUAACUCAAGAUGAAUUUUUGAAAGGAUGUUUGCAGGAUGAAGAGUUGUCUAAAAUGCUGGCCCCUUAAAUAUUUAUACUCCAUAAUAUGUGUGUAUUUGAUGAAAUCAGUAAUGAAAUGUAUAAAUAUUUAAUUUAUAUUUCUUAUACUAAAAUUAUAUAAAAAUAUGGAACAUCAUUUAAUUUGGUGUAGAUAA